AUGGUUCUUAGUACAAUGAAUGCCUUGGUGGUGGAGGUGCCAGAGGGGCCAGAGAACGCCAAGCCUGAGUUGAUCAAGAAAGAGAUCUCGCCUCCAAUGCUGGAGGCUCAUGAGGUUCUCGUCAAGGUUUCGACGGUAGCACAGAACCCAACUGAUGUCCAAGCGUUCGAUCUCAACCUCUUUGGAAACGGCGCUGUCCUAGGCUGUGACUUUGCAGGAACAGUUGAACGUCUAGGCAAGGAUGUAUCGAAAGUUGCUGAAGGCGACACGAUUGCUGGUCUUCUCUGGGGUGGUGAGAUCAAAGGCCUAGGAGCAUACAGCGAGUACACGAAAGCCCAUGAAAGCAUCUGCUUCCGGGUACCCAAGAGUAUUUCUCUCCAGGAGGCUGCUACUGUUCCGCUGGCAUCUUUGACUGCUUGGCUUGCUUUGUUUUCAAAGGACAGUUUGAACAUCGAUCGUAACGAAUCGGAUACGACUGUGUUGAUCUGGGGCGGAAGCUCGAGCGUUGGACAAUUUGCAAUUCAGAUCGCAGCAAUUUCUGGUUUCAAAAUCAUCACAACCUGCAGUCCUCGCAGUUUCGACCUCGUCAAGUCAUUUGGAGCAACUCAUGUUUUCGACUACAACGACGCCGAUGUGGUGAAAUCGAUCAAGGAUGCAGCACCCAAUUUGCGAUACGUGUUCGACACCAUUGGCAAGCAGACAUCUUCUACGACUGCAUCUCAAGCCAUCGAUGAGAACGGCGGUACCCUUUGCACCGUCAGGCCUGAUAAGAGCUUCACAGAAAAUGUGACAAAGCAGACCAAGGUCACGCCUGUGCUUGUGUGGACAGCCUUCAACCGAGUGAUCCAGUACAAGAAGGCUUCAUUCCCGGCGAGCGAAGAGGAUCACAAGCUGGGCGUCGAGUUCAACGAGAGGCUCCCUAGCUGGAUUGAUGAGGGCAAGAUCAAGCCCAACAAGCCCAAGGUCAUCCCUGGCGGACUAGAUGCCGUUAAGAAAGGGUUUCAGGAGCACCGAGAUGGCAAGAUCUCAGGCUACAAGCUUGUGUAUGAGCUAUGA